AUGAGUAGUGACGCAGCAGAUCAAAAUGUGGAGAUGUGGAAGGUCAAAAAAUUGAUCAAGUCCCUUCAAAACGCAAGAGGUAACGGUACUUCCAUGAUUUCACUUAUUAUGCCACCAAAAACUCAGAUUUCAAUCACACAAAAAAUGUUGACAGAUGAAUACGGAACUGCAUCAAAUAUUAAAUCGAGAGUGAACAGAUUGUCUGUUUUAUCAGCAAUUACUUCUACACAACAAAAAUUAAAGUUAUACCAAAAUGUUCCGAAGAAUGGGUUGGUUGUUUAUUGUGGUGAAGUCUUAACUGAUGAAGGUAAGGAGAAAAAAUUAACAAUUGCAUUUGAACCUUUCAAACCGAUCAAUACAUCCCUUUAUUUGUGUGAUAACAAGUUCCAUGUUGAAGCGUUGGCUGAGUUAUUGGAGUCUGAUGAUAGAUUUGGGUUUAUCGUUAUGGAUGGUAAUGGUGCAUUAUUCGGUGCUUUAUCUGGUAACACAAGAGAGAUUUUGCAUAAAUUUACAGUUGAUUUACCAAAGAAGCAUGGUAGAGGUGGUCAAUCUGCUUUGCGUUUCUCCAGAUUAAGAGAUGAAAAGAGACACAAUUAUGUCAGAAAAGUUGCAGAAGUUGCUGUUCAAAAUUUUAUUACCAACGAUAAAGUCAAUGUUCAAGGUUUGAUUUUAGCAGGUUCUGCUGAUUUUAAAACUGAAUUAUCUAAAUCGGAUAUGUUUGAUCAGAGAUUACAACAAAAAAUCAUCAAAAUUGUUGAUAUCUCUUAUGGUGGUGAAAAUGGUUUUAACCAAGCAAUUGAAUUAUCUGCGGAGACUUUGUCCAAUGUUAAAUUCGUCCAGGAAAAGAAAUUAAUCACGCAAUAUUUUGAUGAAAUUUCAAGAGAUACUGGUAAAUUCUGUUAUGGUAUCGAUGAUACAUUGAAAGCCUUAGACUUAGGUGCCUGCGAGACAAUUAUAGUUUAUGAAGGUUUAGAGGAUGUCAGAUAUACUUUGAGAAAUGCAGAAGGCGAAGAAGUUGUCAAGAUUGUUCGUCAAGACGCUCCAAAGGAGAGUUAUUUGAUUGAUAAAGACGGUUCUGAAUUAGAGGUUGUUGCUGAACAACCAUUCUUAGAAUGGCUAGCUGAAAACUACAAAAAUUACGGUGCGACUGUAGAGUUCGUCACCGACAGAUCUUCAGAAGGUGCACAAUUCGUUAAAGGUUUUGGUGGUAUUGGUGCUUUGUUAAGAUAUAAAGUUAACUUUGAACAAUUGGUUUCUGAUGAUUCAGAUGACGAAUAUUUUUCUGACUAA